AAUGAGCGGUGGGAGGGUCAGGCGGUGCGACAAAUAAGGACACGGUUCCUGCACGAGCCUUCAUUCUCACUUUUAUUUGCAAGUGCGCUUUGGACCCACAGCUGCCUAAAAUGCGCUAAUUAGCCAAACAGGAUUUUGCUUGUGCUCUGUGUGUUUACGCUGGAAUAAUAAACUUUCUCCGCAAAAUGUUUUCAAGGGGCCCUUUCUCAUGUGCCAAAGACGACAUGAUUCACUAUCUCAGAUGGACUGUUUUCCUGUGGAUCGUAAAUUCCAUUCCUUUUGCUUCAGGAAUGGCAGUGAAUGAGAGAAUAGAUCAUACAUGUCCACCCCUGAAGCUGGAGGAUAAAUGGCACACCAAUGUGAACCUUCACAGAGAAUUCACAGGAUUUGAUUUAGCUGAGAAGUUUCUCCUCAGAAAAGGCACCGUGACGGACAGCGACACGCCGUUGUUUAGACUGGGAAGUAAACCCCUGUUUAAACCAACAGAGUCUGUGUUCCCAAAUGGUCUUUCUCAUGAAUACUCGAUCAUUGCCACGUUCCGGAUCAGGAAAACUACUAAAAAAGAUCGCUGGUUUGUUCUGCAGAUCUUUGACAAAGGUGGAACUUCACAGGUGUCAUUAAUAGUGGAUGGGGCUAAGAAAUCAGUGGAGUUUUUAGCUCUGGGUUUUUUGAAGAACAGCCUCCUGUAUGUGUUCAAGAAUCGAGACCUACACGCCCUCUUCGAUCGACAGUUUCAUAAGCUGGGAGUUUCUGUGGAGAGUAAUGCCGUCUCCAUCUACCUGGACUGUGAAUUAAUAGAGCGGCAAGUCACUGCUGAGAGAUCUGGCAUAGACGUCAGCGGACGCACCUUCAUCACCACUCGAUUGGAGGACGGACGGCCAGUCGAUGUCGAGCUUCAAGAGAUCCUGGUCUUCUGUGAUUCUAGAAUAGCCGACUUAGACAGAUGUUGUGAUUCUCCUGGAGCUACGUGUGAACCGACAGUGACCCACAACCCUACAGCAAUCCCUCUGGUCACAGGAUACCUUCAGAAAAUGCUGUCCAUGCCAGCCCAGCUGCCCACUGAUCGAUGCCACUGUCCUGCUCUCAAGGGGGAUCAAGGGCUUCCGGGUUUGGCAGGACAUUCUGGACUAAAGGGAGAUAAAGGAGACAUGGGUUUGAAAGGAGAUCCUGGACCUCAAGGCCUACCCGGUCUCAAAGGUGAUAAAGGAGAUCCAGGUCCAACGGGUUCAGGAACACUGUCUGUUGAAAAUCAAGCUCAAAAAGGAGAUCAGGGUCCCUCAGGAAUUCCUGGAGAAAAGGGAGACGUGGGGCCACCCGGUCAACCAGGAACCCAAGGGAAAGAGGGCAAAAGGGGUCGACGAGGGAAAACCGGGGAGCCAGGAACUCCAGGAUUACAGGGUCCACCUGGAACAUGUGAUGCUGAAGCCAUCAAGGGGAUGAAGGGUGACCCGGGUGUUGCAGGAGAAAGGGGCCAGAAGGGCGAUCAAGGUGAUUCAGGUUUGCCUGGCCUGGACGGAGCCGGUGGAAUGAAGGGCCAGAAGGGUGAAGAAGGACCCAGAGGACCACCGGGCCCUGUCAUGACAGCACAUGGAUUGAGGCUUUCUGGACCUGGGGAAGGAAGUGAGAAAGGCCAGAAAGGAGAGAAAGGAGGCCAGGGUGAAAAAGGGGCUGAUGGAUCACAAGGUCUACAGGGCGCUGCUGGACUGACAGGUCCACCAGGACUUGAGGGAAAAGUGGGUCCACCAGGUCCUGUUGGUCCCCGUGGUCUUACAGGAGAUCCGGGCUCUGCCGGUCUGAUAGGACUCCCUGGGAAAGAUGGCAUGAAAGGAGAAAAGGGCGAUGCAGGCGGAGCGCCUGGGCCAGCGGGACCCCCGGGCCUUAAGGGUGAGCCUGGUGAGCCCUGCUCUGCUGGACUUUGCGGAGGGGAGGAGGUUGCGUCUGGUCUGCGGGGUUUACGGGGCCCUAAGGGUGAACGAGGUGUACCAGGAGUACCUGGAGACGCUGGAGAGAAAGGUGAACCUGGUUUUGGCAUCACUGGACCUCCAGGUCUAACGGGACCUAAAGGGGAACCAGGAAAUCAGGGUUCUCGGGGACCUCAAGGACCCAUUGGAGUACCAGGAAUUGAGGGACCUCCAGGCCCACAAGGAAGACCAGGACUUCCUGGACCUCCUGGAGAACCGACAGCACUACCAAUGGUUGGAGACAUGGGGACGUUAAUGAAGAACGCCUGCAGUGUGUGUCAGACCAGAGUACCAGGAUUACCAGGGCAGAAAGGAGAAAAAGGUUCCUCUGGAGUGUCAGGUAUCCCAGGAAUGGAUGGAGAAAAGGGGGAUCAGGGUCUACGAGGCCCAGCUGGAAAUCCCGGAAAAGAGGGUCCGAAGGGAGUGAAGGGCGAGAGAGGCUUUCCUGGUCCAAUGGGGGACAAGGGUGAUGAGGGGUCUCCAGGUGUGCCAGGAUUGCCUGGAUCUACUGGCCGCACAGGUUCACAGGGAAUGAAUGGCAGACCAGGAGCUGUUGGGCCCCCAGGACUAAAGGGAGAACGAGGCAGUGAAGGACCGCAGGGCCAACCCGGACCUCCUGGACCCCCUGGUGCUCCAUAUUCAGAGGGCAAUGGGAUGAGCAGUAUCUAUAAGCUUCAGAACGGAGCAGCUAACGCAGGUCAACCCGGACCACCAGGGCCUCCGGGACCCAAAGGAGACGAAGGAAGGAUGGGUGAGCCGGGACUGAUGGGAUUACCAGGACUAGAGGGGCUGACAGGUGCUAAGGGUGAUCCUGGUAUUCCUGGUCCACCUGGUCUUAAUGGUCCUGUUGGAAAGCCUGGACCGCGUGGUGAGACAGGGAUCCCUGGAGAGCCGGGAGAACGAGGGCCUGUGGGAGAGACUGGCUUCCCUGGACCUGAAGGGCCUCCUGGAGCUCCUGGAAGGCCAGGAAAAGAUGGAGUUCCAGGCUACGAGGGAGCCACGGGCAGACCUGGAGACAGAGGUACCAAAGGAGAACGGGGAGAUCCAGGGAUUCCAGGCGAAAGAGGAGUUCAAGGAGAAAGAGGGAAAACUGGAGAUAAAGGGACCAUCGGUAUUCAGGGCCCGCCUGGACAGAAAGGAGAACCAGGUCCUCCUGGAUCUUUAACAUCACCAGGGAGUGUCAAAUUGUUGAGUGAUACAGCUGCCUUGGAGGAAAUUAAAACAUUCAUCCGAAAUGAAGUAUUGCGCGUGUUUGAAGAGAAGUUUUCAGACAGUCAAACUUUGCUGCAAAAGACACCAGCAGCUAUAUUAGCAGCACAAGGUCGACAAGGCCCUCCAGGGCCACCCGGCAAUGACGGCUCCCCAGGACCCCCCGGAGAGCCAGGACCUCCAGGUCCCCAAGGGUAUCGAGGGCAGAAAGGGGAACGGGGUCAGAUGGGUCUGGGACUUCCAGGAGCUCCGGGACCUGCCGGACCACAAGGUCCAGUUGGAUUAGGACCGCAAGGGCCUUCAGGUCCCCCGGGGCCUCAGGGUCCGCAUGGAAGAUGUAACCCCAGCGACUGCUUCCACCCUUACGGUAGACGGGACGGCUAGAAACUGACACACCCUCAUCAAUGCUGAUUAGAUCCAGCGAAGCAGCUCAUCUACAAUCCUUAUAAAAACAAGCGUAGGAUCCCUCCUGGAGGAGAAGAAACAAGCAAACCUCAUCCCCGCAGAGCAGCCAUUACCGCUGAUGUCAUUUCAUCAUUUCUCUCUGCUUCAUUUCCCAUAUUUGUGACCAAUGCAUUUACUCGUGUUUUGCGGAUAUGACAUGAGAAUUUAAAUGCCAUCAAUACACUAAUCACAAGCGACUCAGGCGGUGCGGUCAAUGCAAUGCAGGUGAAAUGAGAAUUUUAUUUACAUUCGCUUCUUUUCUUCAAGCUGACGUGAAGUAGAGUUUUAAUUCAAUCGUGACGCCGCUAUGCAAUCUAAUGUAGAAAAGCUUGUGUAAAUACCAGACAUUUGAAUUGCUUUUCAGACAUUUACUAUUACAAAUAUUUAAAAAGCAAUGUACUUUCCAGCCAUUUCGGGAAGAACAUCGCUCAUGAAGGGAGUAAGUUAUUGUCAUAUUUAUCAGCUGCACUGAUGAUGCAUAUAUAAUGGAGCACUCAUAUAACCUCUGAGACCACUAGUACAAUUAUUCAUCUUUCUAUUUAAAUAUUAUACAUUUCAAGAUUCAGAUGAAAUGUAUAAUUAAUAAAGUGAAACUAUGAAAUAAUUUUAAAUAUAAGUCAUUUAUAUUUGUGUGCAUUAUUUAUUUAUAUUUUAAUAUAAUCAUUAUUUCUCUAACCACAAUAACUGAAAAAUUUGAAAUUAAUCUUAAAGGGUCACGAACCACACACCAGGAGUGUUGAGUGGCAAAAGAGGGAAGGGUUUGCAUGAAAAGGGGAGCUUCAUUAUGCGCGCGUGCUGAUUUUCACAGCGGCAACACAAAUACAGAUGCAGGGGAGAAAGACAGUGACUAUGUUAACAUGGACAUCAGUAAUUGAAUUAUUUGUCUUAAUCUGAUUAAGACAAUAAUAUGAUGGUGUUUCCAUGAGUUGCUUUUUGAAUGUUCCUUUCAUCAUCGCGUUUUACAUGUUAAAGCACAUCAUUUGAUUAAAAUCAUUGCAUCAUUGCCACGCUAUCCACAUUUCCUCCAGAGUUUAUGUAAUUUCGGGUGUUUCAUUCUUAAUUUGUCAACUUUAACUGCAGUUUGGCACUUUCACUUUCAUUCACAAACAUUUCAUGCAUGCCUCCCGUGACAAACAAGAUAUUGGAUGCGAGGAACUGCUGGAAGAGUGUUGUUUUAAUGGAAUUUUUGAUACCGCACGGCGAAUAGGAGGAAAAAAAUACUCUGCAUUUCUUGAUGCAGAGACUCGGUAGGUGCAAAUAAUAAUGGCAAACAACCGUGUGUGUAUAAACUAUACUGUCACAAAAUGCGGCAAAAAUCAUACACGACCCGUGUCUCCAAAUAGUUCUUCUUCCACUUGUUUUAAUUAUGAUUGGCAACACAUGGCGCCUCUCUACCGCCUGAACACUAUAACAGGUAAAAACAGUCUUCGAAGCUAUCAUGCAUAUUAAAGAAGUUCAUUCACAAUAGAGCGUGCUGAUUGGUUUGAACCAAGUCUUUCUCAUGAAUUAAUGAUGAAAACUUAAAGACGUCACGUUGUAUCAGUCGGUACAGACAGCCAAUCUCCACGCUGGAUUUUACACAAGUAUCUCAUCGCCGUGAUGCAGCUUCAAAUUUUAUGUUCAAAACGGAAGAACGAAUUUGCUCGAAAUAACACAAAAACAACCAAUUUUCCGAUUUUUUUUGUGAAAUGUAUGUGUCCUAAUAGUGUUUUUAGCAAUGUGGGACACAUAUAUGAUUGUCGACAUCUCAAUAAAUGUGUUUUGGUGUUUCGUGACCCUUUAAUAUCUCUCUUUUUUUAUCUAAAGGUUGUUUAUUUUAGUGUUUAAAAUGAAUGAGAAUUUCCGUAAUUUAAAUGUAGUCUCAGACUUUUAUGUAAAUGUUUGACCAAAUACAGCAAAUAGUAAUAAUUGAAAUAAUAAUAAUAGCGACGUUGCUGUGGUGCUGGUGAGGUCAAAACUGCUCAUGACAUUAAUAAGCUUUAAUUGUUUACAGGUAAAUAAAGCGAUGUUCCUUUAUUCAGACUGUAUGAACACCUCUAUAAUGGUGUGGUAUGUAUAUUUUGUUCUCUACUAGGUUUGAUUUUCCAAAAAAAAAGUUUUAAAAAAAGAUGUGAAUUGCUUUUUUAUUUGCAUAUUUAUCUUUGGCUUAGUAUGGAAAGCAUCCUUCCAUGUUACUUGAAUAUUUUUUUAUAAGACAACAUAUUUGUCAAUAUCAUAUUCACAAAUGGUAAACCGUUUUAACAUCAAAUCUUACAUUUCAUGGGCAGCAGCGUGUCUUAAGACCAUGUUUCUGUGGAAUUCAGGUCUUUAUUUAUUGUAGUCCGGAUUUACGUUUAAUUUAUUGUGUUUAUAUCUUGAGAUUUUACUGUACAAGUCAUUGAAUCGUUUGACUUCAGCCAUCUGCCUCUCUGUUGGGAAGAUGAAUGGUUCUGGAGUGGUGGAUGGAGCACAGUUUUGUGAUGUUUUGCAUUUUGGUUUGUGCUGCUUUCUUCUCCUCUGAGUCUUCCUGUUCUUUUUUGUACACUGGGGUCAAAUAUGUAGACGUUUGGUGUCUUACACUUGCCAAGUUUGCAUUUAUUACAAUUUUAAUUCUGUUGACAUGGUGUCUGUGUAUUGCAGAGCUUUUACAAACGGCAAAACACAUCCAUAUUGAACAGAUGCUUUCUUGAGUGUUGCUUUCUUGUUAUCAAGAGAAAAGAGCGCAGCAUAUAUUUAAAUAUGAAUCUAAAUUUUGCUUUGUUGGAGCAGUGUUGGAUGUAAUUAGUCACCAAGUAACUGGUUAAUCUAAUUAAAUUACUUUUCUGCUGAAAAAAUGAGGUAAGGGAUUACUUUUUAUAUUUAUUGUAGAUAAUUUAAUUUGUUACUUGCUUAAAUACUAUACAGAAGUUUAACCCUUUCAUAUAAACAAAUUCAGAGAAGCAGAGUCAUUGUUUUUUUUUUUUUGUUAUAAAAAUGUUUUGCUGAAUGAUAAUAUUUUUCAACUAAAAAAGACUACAUUUAUCAAGACAAUUGCAUAUGCUUAAAAAAUGAAUUGAGAAAUUAGUCAACGAAAAUAUAAGGUGUAAAUUCAGAGAACCAUGGGACAUGUAUAUUUUUUUUGGUCAGACAUUUUGCAUAAUAAUUUGAUUUCUGAAUUAAUAAGAGAAGAUUUAUCAGACAAUUGUACAUGCUUAAGAAACAUUUACAUGUUUUAGAAAAUGAAUGUAAUAUGCUGUCAUCACUUUGAAAUGUUUUGGGUUUUGAUAUACAGCAGUGGAAAUAAGUAUUGAACACAUCAUGUGUUUUUCCUGGGAAUAAUGUUUUUUAAAGGAACUGUUGACAUGGAAUUAAACCAGAUUUGGGUUAAAACCCAAACAAUACAAACAUUUUUUUUUUUACAGACUUCAACAGAGUGUAAAAAUCUUGGGUGUCGUCUAUCAAAUCUGAUCUUUAUUUUGUAUUUUCUAUUGGAUUCCAUUCAGGUGAUUGGCUGAGUCGUACUACAGCUUGAUUUUCUUUCUCUCAAAGCUUUUGAGUUACCUUGGCUGUGUGUGUUUUGGAUCAUUGUCUCGCUGAAAUGUCCACCCUGGUUUCAUCUACAUCAUCCUGCUAAUGUAGAUGUUAGACAGAAACAGCUAAUAUUAAUUUGCAAUGAGGAAGGGCAGGGGGUUGCUGAAGAACUACUGAGAGAUUUCAGCUGCUGUCUGGGCUUUCACUGCCUUUCUACACCUCCCUUUCUUCAUGUGUUCAAUACUUUUCCUUGCAUUUUAUUACACAUAAUUUGUAAAUAAUUAGUUUUGGGUUUUUUUUGCAUAUAUGAAUUUCUUUGGUUGUUCCCGGGGAAAAUUUCAGGUCAAAGGCACUUUUAGAAAUCUGUUUUUUUUUGGGGGUUUUUUUGAGAAAAAUUGUGACGGGUUCAAUACUUAUUUCCCCCACUGUAUAUUAAAAAAUGUUGUUAAUGGCAAAUGUUAAUUUUUGUUUAAAAAACUGUUUGACUCAUGUAAAGAAUUAAAAGUAAAAUUUUUAUUGUCUAUGUAUUCCGAUUUGUGUAGAUUUUUAGUAUUGAGUUAAGUAAUUCAAUUACUUAUUAAGUAACUAAGUUACUUUUCAGACAAAGUAAUUAGAAAAAUAAUUUAAAUACAUUUUUAAUCCUGUAAUAAGUUAUGAAUUACUUUUUUUAAGUAAUUUAACCAACACUGCUCUAGACACAUCUAGAUGUUCAUUAUUAGUGAAUCACUGCAAAUGUAUUUUCAGCUUUAUUCCUUUGAGCAAAAUAUUAUUAUUGUAUUAUUAUUGUGAAUUUCCCUUUGGGGAUUAAUAAAGUCAAAGUCUAUUAAUAAUUAGAAUUAGAAUAAUAUUAAUUAGAAUAACAUGUGAAAAUACUAUUUUUGUAUUCAGCCUUGAUCAGAAGCAUUUUAAAAAUCACUAUUGUUCCAGACUUUUGACCCCCAGUGUGCAUUUUUUUCUUUCUCUUUUUUCUUUCUUCCUUCCUCCCUUCCUUCCUUACUUUUGCACAUUAGAUUAAGUGUGACAAAGCAAACCCUUGUUAGGUUUUUGCUGUUUUAUUCUUAUUAAUUAUAAAGUUUUACUGUUUUUUUUAUUUUUAUAUGUACCAGAUUACCUCUGCUGAGAGCUGAAAUAUCGAUGGUUUCAGGUCUUAAGACUAUUUUGGUGAAAACGAUUGUCUAGAAUCCUUCCAAGUAAGCAUCUCAGAGUUGGCACGACUUCAUAUUUACCUUUAAUUGUAGUUCUGUUACCUUUUUAUAAUUAUUUUUUACAUAAAUGGGCUAUUAUUAAUGACAUGUAGCAUGGAUAAAAUAUAUUUCUCAAGGGCUAAAACUGUGGACUUACUUGAAGGACAGUCUUAAGACAAAAGCCCACAUCUACCUUAUAUGCACUGCAUCACCUGAUGGAUCAUCUGGAGGAGGACUGUUUCAGUGUGGCUCUGUUUUCAAUAUGACAAAUGCUCAAUGUGGUCAGAUACAGUAGCACACAUGCAUCGUGUGUCAGUUUAUUUGCAUUUUCUUUUGUGCUUGGUCUUGUAGAUGCAUUUAGUUUGCAUAUUUAAAUAUCUGUAAAUCAUUUCAAUAAAUGUCCUUAAUUUAA